AGCUGUCGUAGGUUAUGGAGUGAAAUGGCUCCCCUUCAUCUUUAAGUAUGCUUUCUUUUCCAAACAAGAAGACAACAUGGGAGACCUUUUGUCCUUAUUUCAAGAGGUGGAUCCUCCUCCUGUACUGUUAAGUCAUUAUAACCCAAUUCAAGAUCAUGAAUGCCAGAAGGAUGACUCUUGUCGGGCGAUAGGGAGCUUCCUGCUUUGGUACUUUGUCAUUUUAUUGGUCCUGGUGUUCAUCUCUCGGGCUUCUGUCUGGAUGUCUAAGAAUAAACAGGAUGAAGAGAGUGGGACGAGCGCAGGAGAAAGCAAAGCAAUCAAAGAAAAUUCCUAUGAACAGCAAAGCAAAGGUGGUUGCUGGGACUCUUCACAAAUGAUGAAGAAACCAAAGCAGAAUCAACUUUUCCCCAUCACUGAUUCAGAAGUCGCUUUGGUCAGUGCCUAUCUUGAGCAAAGACGAGUCUCGCGCCACUUUGAAGUCGACAAGGUGAAUCCGGUUCCACAAGAUAGUGAAACCACGGAGUGUGACAGUGAAGAAUCUAACUCAGGAGCCUCUUCAUGGAAGGAGAGUGAAAGUGAACACCACCCCUCAUUAGGCAACAUUCAGAGGAGAAAAGCUGCUCAGAGGCACCAGAAUCCGGGAAGUCCCCAAAUUCGAGAAAAGCCCUGCCUCCACUGCAAAGCCAUUAGAACCAAUGAAUGGUUAACACGUCAUUUCCUACAAAGGGCUUCAGAAAUUGUGCCCACAAAGAAAAAUACUCAAGAGGAAAUUUCCACACCUGAGAUCAACACAAAGUUCAGUAAAAUUUGAAUUUUGUCAAGCCUUUGCCUUACCUGAAGCCAAAUGGAAGAGCUGAAUAAAAUGUGAAAAAAUCACCAGAGCCCUUGGUGAGGAGACUUUUACAAUAAAAUUUCUCUACUAACAACAAAACCAUACUUGGAACCCAAGAGGUAAAAUUUCAGACAAUUCUUUGUUCCAAAAGAGGCUAGCAAAUAUGUGCAUGGCACCAACGGAAAACUGGAAGCUCUUAUCCAUUAUGAUUUUCUUUUAAUUCAAAAGAAUACAA